GACAGGCUCGGCCGUGUCGACCACGUUGGCACGUGCGUGCGAUCUCCGCCGCACCUCUCCUCCUGGUUCUCCAACCCUUUCUCUUUCUCUCUCUCCCGUUUCCUUCUAUUCACCGGCUGCGGCUAAUUGGUACCGUGCAUCGCUCGGGCUUCCUGUAGAAAGAUAUCGGAUCAGCUCUUUCCAGAUAUUUCCAUCAUUCCAUUCUAGAAACCUAACUCUAGGACGAGGAUCUGUUCCCGAGGCAUUGUCCGCACUGUACCAUCUUAGGAAUCUUAGUCUCUUCUGGUUCUUCUUCUACGGUGCGUGCCGGCGGGGGACACUUAUCUUUAAUGCGACCAGUGAUCGCGUUGACGGGGCUCUGAUGGCUGUCCAAGGACUUCGGUGUUUCCAGCUCGAUCGCCAUGGUUCCUUUUCGUUAUUGAAUUCGCAAUGAACAUCCAUACACUGCAAUCCAACCAUUCGAAGUUCCUUAUUUUGAUUCUGGUAUUGACGUGAUAAUUUAUACCGCAGCAGAGUUCCCCUCCGGAUAAUUAUGAUGUUAAGGUUUUUGGCUUUCAAGAGGGGAGUUAAACUAGAGAAUUCGUCUGCAGCAAGCAAGUGGUGCACAUACUUUACAGGGAAGAGCAAUGGAUCAGACACUUCUUUUGGUUUACCGUUACCCCUUUCCUAUAGAGCUUUUCAUCAUCAAGGGGCUUUGAUGAGAGGAAACACUUUAUGUUCAAUGAUUUUAGUUAAAGUAAAUCGACCUAAGCUAGCUGGAUUGCCCAUACCAUGCAGAGGUUUCCAAUGCCAUAGGAUUUUUAACAAGGGGAACACAUCAUAUGCUAGGAAUACAAUGAGGGAAAAUCUUGCUCAGCGCAACUGUAUCAAGAAUUACUCCACCUUCUCAGCCAGCAGUGUUCUAAGACAUUAUCUCCAAAUGGUGUGGAGAAGGCAUUUUGCAAUGAGCUCUUACGAAGGUCUUACCUCUACUCUAGCCAAUAGGUUUGCAUUUGCAAUAAGCUUGCUCUCUACUAGAUUUCAUCUGGCUCGAACUGCUAUUGCCUUUUGCGCCGGAGAAUUAGCUUGGACAAAUACAGCAUGGGCUGAUAGGGAUUAUUUUCCCAGAAGCAAAUCCUUAUACAUGCAAGCUCAAGAUAGCCGUUUUUACAUCACUACUUUUCUCUUCUUGGUUUUGGACUUUUUUGUUUUGUUACUAAGAGCUGUUUAUUUGGCAAUUUUGUUCUCACCGAUCAUAAUAAUGGCACCGUUUUCAGAUACUUUAGGAAUUAAGUAUAGGAAAACAUGGCUUUACCUUGUCCGCCGUACUUUGGAGAAAGCAGGGCCUGCAUUUAUAAAAUGGGGACAGUGGGCUGCUACACGCCCUGACCUGUUUCCUGGAGAUCUCUGCAAUGAACUGACAAAGCUUCAUAGUAAAGCACCUGCACAUAGUUUUGACUACACGAAAAAGACAAUUGAGAGAGCAUUCAGUCGCAAGCUGUCAGAUAUAUUUGAAGAUUUUGAAGAGCAGCCUGUAGCAUCUGGAAGUGUGGCCCAAGUGCAUCGGGCAUCUUUACGAGUUCGACAUCAAAUACAGAAGUCUAACCAUGCUGUUGUUGCUGUAAAAGUCAGGCAUCCUGGUGUUGGAGAAUCAAUUAGAAGGGAUUUUGCUUUAAUCAGUUUGGUGGCUAAAGUUUCAAAUUUCAUGCCUGGCUUAAAGUGGCUUCGCCUUGAUGAAAGUGUACAGCAGUUUGCUGUUUUUAUGAUGUCUCAAGUUGAUCUUGCCAGAGAAGCAGCUCAUUUGAGUCGUUUUAUAUACAAUUUUCGUAGCUGGAAAGAUGUUUCUUUCCCAAAGCCUCUCUAUCCACUUGUGCACCCUGCUGUGUUGGUGGAGACUUAUGAGCUUGGAGAAAGUGUUUCUCAUUAUGUGGAUGAGCUUGAAGGACAUGAUCGGUUAAAAAGUACUCUUGCUCGUAUAGGGACUCAUGCUCUCCUCAAGAUGCUCCUGGUGGAUAAUUUUAUCCAUGCAGAUAUGCAUCCUGGAAAUAUUCUUGUCCGAGUGUCUCAAUCAAGACGCCCAAGUAAAGGGUUCUUCAAGUCGAGGCCUCAUGUUGUUUUUCUUGAUGUUGGCAUGACAGCUGAACUUUCCAGUGGUGAUCGUGUAAAUUUGCUCGAGUUCUUCAAGGCUGUUGCCCUUAGAGAUGGCCGCACUGCUGCAGAGUGCACAUUGCGGCUGUCUAAGCAACAGAACUGCCCAAAUCCAGAGGCUUUUAUCGAGGAAGUUGAGAAGUCAUUUUCCUUUUGGGGUACCCGGGAAGGUGACCUUGUCCAUCCAGCGGAGUGCAUGCAUCAGUUGCUUAAUCAUGUUCGGCAUCAUAAAGUUAAUAUUGAUGGCAAUGUUUGUACUGUCAUGGUGACGACUCUGGUUCUUGAGGGUUGGCAGCGCAAGCUUGAUCCAGAUUACAAUGUUAUGCAGACGCUUCAGACAUUGUUAUUCAAAGCUGACUGGGCUGAGUCUCUAUUAUACACGAUUGAAGGGCUAAUGGGUUGAUUUUUAGUUUUUUUUUUUUUUCACAUCAGCAAAAAAUUUUGAAAGUUGUAAAAGCCGAAAUAGAAGCAGAUAGGAUAAUUCAUCUCCAAGUGUCAUUUUUUAUUUUUUAUGUUAUUUUUGCAAUGCUCUUUUUGGCUAUCCAUAGAGCCAUUCUUUUUUGAUGUACCAUAAUCUGGAAAUUAAAAGCAAAGAAACCAUGAAAAUAGAAUCAAAUCAUCUUCUAAUAAUUAAGUAACUGCUUAAGUGGUGGUUCGUUGGCCCCCAAAUUGUUACAACACGAAAUCAGUACUAUAAUGUAAAAUAUUAUAUGCUGUUUCUGCAA